AUGGCUACUGAAAUUAGUCGCGAAACUAGAAGCCGGUCGGAAGCAAGGAAGGAGUUUGAUAGUUAUGUUCAAUCAGAAGCUUUUGUAUCCUUACUUGAUGAUGCUAUAUCCAAGCAGUUUGAAAAGUUUUUCUCUUCUGAAGAUUUUAAAAAAAUGUUGGUGGCGACUACAACGUCUGUGGUUUCUACAGUCGUUAAAGAAUCUGUACACGUCUCUCUGGACGAAGUGAUUUAGGAAAAUGUUAUGCCUUUAAAGAAGCAAAUUGAAGGUUUAUCUGCGCAGCUGAACAAAGUUAAAGUGUGUGCAAACGAGAAUGAACAGUAUUCGAGGCACUGCAAUAUUCGUAUUUUUGGACUUCCAGAGCUUGAAGAUGAAAACUGCUAUGAAGUUGUUACUGAAUUUUGCAAGACGAAGCUUGGCUAUAACCUUGAGCUACGUGAAAUUGACAGGACACAUCGUGUGGGAAGACUAAGGCAUGGCAAACAACGAGCUAUUAUCGUCAAAUUCUGUUCUUAUCAAAGCAAGAUUAAAGUCAUUAAGUCUUUAAAAAAAAUCUCAAGGGAACUUCAAUAUAUGUCAAUGAAGAUCUGA